AUGCUUGUAUGCGAUGACAGCGAAGCCGAGUCGACUGGGCGGGACAAAGAGACAUAUAGGAGAGACGGAGACAGUGUUCAAUUAACAAAUGUUCGCCUUAUAGAUACGAGCCCCUGCCCACUGAGUGCAGAGCCGACGCCACUACUGCCCGUCGAACGACCGCAGAACAUUCACGGCAUUAUCGCCAUGUCAUCGGCGCGUAACAUGAACGGACCCGCUGGUGCACGGCCGUUGGUGGCGCUGUUGGACGGACGUGAUUGCACCAUUGAGAUGCCUUUGCUGAAAGAUGUCGCCACGGUGGCUUUUUGUGAUGCGCAAUCCACGCAUGAGAUUCAUGAAAAAGUGCUGAAUGAGGCCGUCGCUGCGCUCAUGUAUCACUCGAUUAAACUCGAAAAGGAAGAUUUGGAAAAAUUCAAAGCAUUACGGGUGGUGGUGAAAAUCGGCUACGGUUUUGACAAUAUCGAUGUGAAAGCGGCCACUGAAUUAGACCUCCAGGGCUGCUGCAUAACGACAUGCAGUCAGUCGGCAACCACACGCGGCGAGGUGAUUCAUGUGCCGCUAACUGGGGAUCGUUUGAUGUUAACUGACUGCUGA